CGACAACUAAUGACCAUUGGCAUAAUUGUACUUAGUUGUUGAAACCCACUGAAAAUGUGUACACAUUGAUCCAUGUUUAUUAUUGUUUGAAAGGAUGUUGAACAGCCUAAAAGGAAAUAUUUCAAGAACGAUGUUAAAAAAUAAAUGUAAGAAAGAAAUCGAAAACAUAUUGCAAGAGGGAAAUAACACUGUCUAUGUAGCAGAAGAUGUCAAAACAGAUCCAGACAGAGUCGUUCCAAUAUAUAACGAUCAAGAUUGCGGUAAGCCGCAAAAAAACAAAAAAUCAGAUAGGAUAGCAUUAGCCCCAGUUCCAGAAUCUGACUGGGAAAAUAAGGAAAAUUUUCGAAUAAAUAAAAAAAGUAAUACGAAUGAGGCUGGACCUUCUUCAAAAAAUCAGCGGACAAAUCUGAAGACGCUAACCUUAAACGAAAAUUUUGAAGGAUUACCAAAGAUAGACGUUUCACCAAUUAUACCCAAUCCGUUCUCUAAAUACAGUAUCAAAAAGACGUCAAGUGAUGCUAGAAUAGCCAAAUUAAUAAAACGACAAAGACCAGCUCGCUUAACAGACUAUUUGGACCAGCCUUUCCAGGAUAUAUGGCGUGAUCAUUUUCAAACAUCACUGGAUAGAGAACAGGAAGUACUUCCAGGUGAUUUUUUGACGAGAUUUGGAGUCAGUAAUAUGGACAGGGCGAAGUGUAUUAAUAUACUACUAAAAAUACAGGUUUUUUAUCAUCUGCAUGAAGAAAUAGUUUAUUGCAGUGUAAACAUGUUUGACAGAAUAUUAUUUUCAAUAGAAAUACCACAAUCUGUAUAUGAAAUAGUAGCUGUUACUUGCCUUUGGUUAGCGUCUAAGAUGUCAGGACAGAUAAUGACGCCAAGCAAUAUUUUAAUGAUGUGCUCAGAAACAUAUAUAUCCAAACAAAUGAUACACAUGGAAAGAAAAAUAUUGAAAAUAUUAGAUUUUCGCAUUCCGCAUAUAGAACCUGUAUUUUUUGUCGAAUAUUUCUUUUUAGAACUUCAUAUUACACCAUGUUCGAAACUCUACGCAUCCACUUAUUUCAUAUUAGACUUUUCAACAUUCUUUGAGGAAUUCUCAAACUUUUUCCCCAGCGAAAUUGCAGCAGGUUCCAUAUUGAUAGCAGUAAAAUUAUUUCACAAAGACGAGCAACAAGAGGUUUUGAACUAUUUGAAAAAAACAAUACCAAGGGGAACGUUAGCAAGAUCUCACCAAUUUCAACUGAAACUCCUCCAGUUCAUGUUUACGGUGGAUGAAAACGUGGUAUCUAAGGUUUUGUUAGCGAAAUAUAAGAAUUGUGUAUGGCUGUUACCUGUCGAACGAAGUACUGAAAAUAUUCCCAUGGUUAAUCUAUAGUUAUUUUUGACUAUUUUAAUUUAUACAGGGUGUUCCAGAAGUAGCGGCUCGGUCGAAUAUCUCGCGAAAUGAACAUCCGAUCGAAGAACUGAAAAAUAUAGGUUCAAUAUUUUUCAAAAAUCUAUCGAAUGAUACCAAACACGGCCCCACAGUCCACCCCUGGAGGUGGGGUGGGGUAACUUUAAAAUCUUAAAUAGGAAUCCCCAUUAUUUAUUGCAGAUUUGGAUUCCUUACGUAAAAAUAAGUAACUUUUAUUCAAGACAUUUUUUCGAAUUAUGGAUAGAUGGUGCUAUAAUCGGAAAAAACGAUUGAUCCAGAUACAAGUAAAUUAUAGAAACGCUUUAAUAUCUCGAGAAAUAAACUUCCAAAUGAAAAACCAAAAACAUGUGUUUAAUAUUUUUCAAAAACCUAGGGAGUAACACUAAACACGACACCCCACUCCAUUCCAUGGAGGUGAUGUGGAUGUAACUUUAAAAUGUUAAAUAGGAACCCCCGUUUUUUAUUGCAAAUUUGGAUUCCUCAUAAAAAAUAAGGAGUAUUUAUUCGAGACAUUUUUUAGAAUUGUUGACAGAUGGCGCUGUGAUUAGGAAAAUACUAGUUAUUAACGCCAUCUAUCAACAAAUCUAAAAAAUGUCUGGAAUAAAUGUUACUUACUUUUUUAUGAGGUACUCAAAUCUGCCAUAAAAAUGGGGAUUCAUAUUUAAGAUUAUAAAGUUACCCCCACCCCACCUCCAUUGGAUGGAGUGGGGGUCGUGUUUAGUGUUAUUCGAUAGGUUUUUGAAAAAUAUUAAACCAUGUUUUUUUGUUUUUCAUUUGGAAGUGUAUUUCUCGAGAUAUUGGACCGUUUCUAUAAUUUACCUAGGGUAUCAGGAUAAAUAGUUUUUUCGAUUAUAGCGCCAUCUGUCCACAAUUCGAAAAAUGCCUCGAAUAAAACUUACUUAUUGUGCUUAAGCAAUCAUAAUCUGCAAUAAAAAACGUGGGUUCCUAUUUAAGAUUUUAAAGUUUCCCCCACCCCACCUCCAGUGUGUGGGAGGGGGUGUCGUGUUUGGUGUUAUUCGAUAGAUUUUUGAAAAAUAUUGAAAACAUAUUUUUCAGUUUUUUGAUCCGAUGUAUAUUUCGCGAUAUAUUCGACCGUCCCGCUGCUUUUGGGACACCCUAUAGCUGUUGUGUAUGUUAGUUGUGUUUCAUUUAUUUUUUUUUAAUUUUAUUUUUAAUUGUACGAGGACUGAGAAUUUUACCAAAUAAUUAUUGAAUUGAAUGUAGUAAUAGAAUAGCAAAAUUAUAUUUUUAAAACACUAUAACCGCUAUAACUUUAAGCAU